GUGUCAUAGGGUGCUGGAGCUCAUCCUGCAGCAGCCCCAUAUGGGCCUUCCCCAUGUCCCUACAGCUGGAGACACCAAAAAAUGGUGACAUGGAGUGGUGACACCUCGUCCCAGUUAUGCUUGUAAGAGUCACAUACCAACAUGGAUACCUCUGCUGUGUUUGGUUGUUAUCAGGACACCCCACCUCAGACUUCCCCUUGGCUGUGGUUUGAGUUUUGCCUUCGCCCUCGACGUUGGACACCCCUAGGAAAGGGGGAGAGAAACUGCAUGUGAGUCUAUUCUUCCUGCUUGCUGGACUGACUGCUGCACACUCUGGGCCUCACUGCUGGAACCAUGCAGUCCCCUUGCUGCUACCUUCUCUCCCUCCUGCUCCAUCUCUUCCUCCUCUCUGGGACAUGGGCAAACCUGGAGGGGUCCUUCACUAUCCGGCUGCUGCAGACCACCACCUUCCAAAACACCUCAUUUGUGGACAUGGAGGGGCUGGGCUUGCUAGAAGACAUCGAACUUGGUUCUCUUGAUAAACACACAUGGUCCAUCCGCUUCUGCCAGCCCUGGGUGCGUCCAGCCCUGCCCCGUGCUGACUGGGACACCAUUGAAAACCUGAUUAAGAUCUAUUUGCAGCAGUUCAACCAUCUGAUCAAUGAAGGGGCCAUGCAAAGGGACAUCCCCUACCCCUUUGUUGUUCAGUGCACGGCAGGCUGCGUGCUGUACCCCAACAGAACCUCCCGGGCCUUUGGCUAUGUGGGUUACAAUGGUCAGGAUUUCCUCAGCUUUGACACAAAGAAUAUCACCUGGACCCUCUCCCAGGACACCGAGUUGUCACGGUAUGUCCAGUCAUUUCUCCAGAACUACACUGCCUUCAGUGAGCUGGUGGAAAUUCUCUUUAAUGAUACCUGUGUCGAUGACAUGGAGGUGCUCCUGCACUAUGGGAGGGCAGCUCUGGAGAGACAAGAGCUGCCUGUGGCCACGGUCUUCGCCCGCACCCCCAGCCUAGACCAGCUGCUGCUUGUUUGCCAUGUCACUGGCUUCUAUCCCCGUCCCAUCAGCGUGGCUUGGCUGCGGGAUGGCCAGGAGGUGCCUCCAGGCCCAGCGCUCAGCACCAGCACCAUCCUGCCCAACGCUGACCUCACCUACCAGCUCCGCAGCGUCCUGGCCGUGGUCCCCCAUGAUGGGCACAGCUAUGUCUGCCGUGUGCGCCACCACAGCCUGGGCACCCGCAGCCUUCUCAUCCCAUGGGGGAACUCAGAAGUGGUGCUGAUCACAGGUCUCAUGGCCGGGCUGCUUGCUGCCAUUGCUGUAGCUGCCAUGUUGGUGCUUUGGGUGUGGAGACAAAGAAAGCACCAGCAGAUGGAGGAAUCAGAGUCCAGAAACUCCAUCCUGAGCAAAGAAGCUUAGCUCAGAAGAGAACCAACAGUCCCCAUUCCCUCCCACUGCCUGCACAGUAACAAGAAUUACAUUUUUCUGCUUCACCUAAGUUCUGGCCAUUUCCAAUUGCAAGACUAACUUGACUCAGAGAUGCACAAGAGAAACCUGGCAAGAGAAAUCUGAGCUUUUGACUCAUUUGGAUUUUCUAAACAGAUGCAAGUGCACAUCUGCGACCUCCUCACUUGUUACACACGAUCAUCUCUUAGCUUGUGGCACUGGCCAGUCCACCCACUGAAGCUGUAAGGCACCUCAAUGCUCAAUGGCAAAUUCUCCUGGUUCUGCUUCAGUAACACUUUUGUCAGAAGGUGGAAAGCUGUCCCCUCCUACUGUCACUUUCUGCUUUUUUUUUUCCUAAAAAUUACCUUUAUUAACCAUAUUCCAGAAAUAUUUGUGCUGAGACUGAACUGUUCCACACAGACUAACAGAACCUGACCAGAAAUGUCUUUACAAAGCACUGAAAUUCUGCUGUAAUGUGUGGGAGAUGCA